AGAAAAACUUAUCGUCUCUAAAUAUUCACGACAUUCUCUGCUCACGUUAAAUAAGAAAGAUUUACGGAUACAAAACUAACUAGAAAUAUAAUUGAAUAUGGAGAUGAUGCAAGGUGCAUCGCUGUUGUCGCGGCCGGCAGAAGAAUUUGGUAAUGAUGAACUAGUUGAGGAAAUGUGGGCAUUAAAAGCGAUGGACCAUGCUGAAGUGUACUUCAAUCUUCUCACCAGCGUACAUCCUUCCUGCUUGCAUCUGACGCCAUAUGAUGAUCAAAUAUAUGAAACUUUCCGAGACGAUUUCCCAGAUCUGAAUAUAGAAUUUCUAACCGAUGACAUGCUCAAGUCAGAGGAUGCGAAAAUACUUUGGCGCCUAUUCGCUGAAAAAUUCAAUAAGUUGGAAGAUUAUUCUUAUGGAACAUUAAUACGUGCUGACGCUUCUAGAGAGUUUUCACCAGAUAAUUCGUUACUUGUCGUACGAAUACAGUUUUUAGCCAUUGAAAUUGCACGAAACCGAGAGGGUAUCAAUGACGAAGUUCAUCGAAAAUUUCGUCCCCCGCCUCGUACUUCAGAGGAAGGAAAGGGCAACGCUGAAAACAAGAAAGUGGAUAGUGCGUAGAUUGUAGACAUAUGAACAUAUAUCGUUACUGCUAACAAUACUAUUACUAUACAUAUAUAGUUUAGAAUUUUGUAUUUUCGUAAAUUGAAAAAAUUUUGAAUAUAUAUGGUGAAACCUGGAAAUUCCUCUAUAAUUCAAUUAGAGUAUAUAGUCACUGCCGGGAAUAUUUGUUUUUAAAUUAUGCGAAACAUAUGACAAUUCAAAAGGACCAAAAGGGCGAUAUUCAAUCAUCGCAUUGGUUUGUCGUAUCUUGAGUUAUCAGCGGAUAGUUACCAUAACCUAGAUUAAAUGGAAUCAUAUUAUAUAGUGUUCUAAUUCGAUUUUAUGUUCUUGAAAGGAACAAAAAAUAUAUUUUCUACUUUAUAUUUUGCUUAAAGUGACUAUCAUUAAUUUUCAAUUAAAUCAAACACAUGAAUGAAGCGUGCACGGUAAAUUUAUUUCAGUUGCUUGGUUAUAAUGUAGGAUAAGGGUAUUAAUAAAAAAAGAAAUUAAAUUGAGUUUCCGAUUAUUUGAUUAAUAUUUUAAUUUUACCUAAAUUUUUUAGUUAUUUAGGUUUAUGAUUAAUUGAGUAUGUGGUAAUAAUUAAACAAAGAACAUUGGUGUAUUAUUCAUAAAAUUCUCAUUAAUUAAACGUCUCUUGUAUUCUUCCG